CGGCUGCUGCUAUUCAUCGAUGUUUGCUUCUAUAAUUGCUUGUCUUUCAUCGAUCGAUUAGUCAUGUGUUUCAAAUGCAAAUCAAAUCGUUGUGCAGCUAUUGAACAACUGUGCGGUUUAUAAUUCCCACUGCGUGUUUCCGCUCCAGACCGAGGCCCUGCUGCCUCACCGCACUGAUGACAAACACUCAGAUAAACCGAGAUAUGACUCGGACUGGGGUUUCUUUCUUCCUCUGCUUCUUCUUCUUUCCUCCCAAGCAGAAUUUCCCGACCAGCUCAGAUGCGCAUUCAUUCACUCAGGCUGCUGAGCUGCCAGUUUUCCUCCGGAGGACCGAGGGACGGGCGGACUGAGGGACGGAGCCGCUCCGGGCUGAAUUACAUGCGCAGUCCUGCCGUGAAUCACACAUCACCACGGCAACCGGCGUUCACACCGAGUCCCCGUCAGCAUCAGUGUGGUCCGAUCCCAUCCACACACACACACACACGGCCGACAGGACAGCACCGAAAAACGCUAUCCGUCCAGGCAUUUUCGUGCACCCGAGCAGCCAUGGUGAAGCUUGGAAGUAAUCUGUCUGAUAAGCUGGAGAAGCAGCCGUCUGCGGACGACGGCUUUGAUAACAUCCCCCUCAUCACACCCCUGGAGGUCAGCCAGCUUCAGCAGCCAUUCGCAGAAAAGGUCAUUGUGAAGACGUCGACACAGUAUCAGCUGCAGCAGCAGAAGAAGAACAAGCUGUAUGUGCCCAGCAUCAAGAAGCUGAAUAUCAACUUCUACAGUGAUGUUUCAGAUAAAGCCAAGAUCACAGGUCUGAUCUUCAUCACUUUGGCCUUUCUGACCAGCCUGCUCCUCCUGCUCAUGUACAAAGCCAUGUGGUAUGACCAACUUACCUGCCCAGAGGGUUUCAUCCUGAAGCAGAAGCACUGCACCCCGGCAGCUCUGGAGAUGUACUACACAGAGCAGCAACAGCAGCAGGAGCCAGGCUUCCACGGCAGCGCCAACAGGGGGCUGUACGCGGCCCUCAGCCACCUCAGCCAGGUCAAGAGGACGGGGCCUGAGCUGCCACCACCAUGGUUACCAGUCAUCACCGCCAUGAAGGAGGCUGAGCUGGCCAAACAAGGCAGCGAGCCGCUGAAAGGAGCGCCGGAGGGCGAGGAGUGAAGGAGCUGAGGGAAAUGAUGAUGAUGGGGCGGUAGUUUAGGUUAUUUUUCAACCGUCUGUGUGCGUGUGUGUGUUCAGGAUUUAUUUCCCCUUUUCCUCGCACAGGUCAAUAUAUCACUUGGUGCUCCAAAACCUGGAAGGUGUCUGCACAUCUACUGAAAAUGUAAACCACAACUUUACUCGUUUUCAAUGCAGUUAUAUUCAGUUCAUAUUUAAAAAAAAAAACAAACAGCAAGCUAAUACCCAACUGUGGUAGUGUGUGCGUGUGUGUGCAUGUGUGUGCGUGCGUGUGUGUCUGUGUGCGGUGAGUUGUUGAGGUUAGAGGCAGGAAUGUUAUUAAAGUGUUGGAGAAUGUGCCUGACUUUUACAGUGUUACCGAAUCAUGACUAAACUCUGCCAUCUGCAUGUUUGUGUGAGUAUGUGUGUGUGUGUGUGUGUGUGUGUGUGUAUGUGUGUGUGUGUGUGUGUGUGUGUGUAAAAACAGUACGCUGUAGAUGCUGUAAUGCAUAUGAGAAGAUAUGUACUAUAUACAUAUUACAGUCAUGUGCACUGUGUGUGUGUGUGUGUGUGUGUGUGUGUGUGUGUGUGUGUGUGUGUGUGUGUGUGUGUGUGUGUGUGUGUGAGAGCACACUAUUGUGUACUUGUGUGAGAAAGUCGGAGGUGAGAGAAGAGAAGCGAGAGCUCGGAGUGCGAAGUGAAGAUAACAAGUUUUUAAUGAGAUCAUGAGUUUCUCCUCAUCACUCCGUCUCGUUAUCUCGCCGUCUAUUCAUUUAGUUUCAGAGGAGGACGUAUGAAAUCAUCAGCGAAUGUGCUCACAGUUUAACCAUUAAGACAAGGAACCAUAAUAGAAUGUUUUAAAUUCGGGCCGAAAUGAGUUGAGUCCACAUCUUCUUAUCUGGAGACUGUAAAUUGCAGCUCUGUGUGCGUCUGCAGCUAAAGUCAUAGGAACGUGUGUUUAUGCACUUUAACUCCACAAACCACAAGCACACUCGCUGUUUUAAAUCAGAAUCACACAGUGGCUUUGGAAAGCGUCAGAACAUUUAAAACCACAUUCAUUAUUCAGUAUUAGUGUUUUUAUCUUCUCAAUGUCACUGUGGGUAAUUAUGUGUUGGAGUAAUUGUCAAAACAGUUCAGUUAUUUUGAAUAAAUAUGUAAAUUUCAGUAGAGUGUGCAACAAGUGAACACUCUCUGAAGCCACUGAACAUUUCUUCAUAAUGUGAGCUACUUACUGUAAUUAUGGAUAAAACUUGAGAGCUUUUAAUGUAUUACUACAAACAAUCUACUUGAUUGAUCUCAUGAUUGUAAGCUAAUUGUAAAAAAAAAUGUUCGCCAUCUGAGUUUUGUUCCCUAAAGUUGGUUUUGAUUCAUGUUGCUGUAAGUAUUCUGUAAUGUAAAUGAACAUGUACAGUGUAACCACAGGGGGUGACUCAUCAUGAAUGUAUGAAGUAGCUGCUCUAAUCAUGCAGUAGAUUAAUGCUUAUAGUGUUCUACCUUACGAGCUUCUAUUGUCUUCACAUUUAUAUUUAUUUAAUUAACAGAGUAUUUAGGUGUAUGUCAUUUGGUGUCUGGCAAAUCUGGCUUGAGUUAUUUUCUAAUUCAUCAUACAUCCGGUUUUAAAGGACAGGAAACAAUGAAGCAAAUGUUUUUCCUCAAGUUUGCGACUGUCAGCUGUCAUCUUAAAUAACCCUCUGACAAAUCUUGUGAUUAUCUGCCAUCACUCACUUUGAGACAACUUUCCUUUCUGUGUGUCUUUGACUGUAUAGAGUCACUUUUUGGUCAAAAUGCCAGAUUUCUGAUGUUGGGACAAAACUGUUCAUGUAAGCAGGAGGAAUGUGAGAUCACAUCACAGCUUGUUCCUUCGGGUUCAAGCGCCAAACGUCCACAUCAGACCCAUCUGCUCUGACGUCACCGACUGAAUGGAAAUAAAUGACUGAGGUGUUGA